GUGUAAUGAUGUUGUGUCGUAUUUGUGGCGAUAAAACGGUCGAAAUUAAAUACCAAUAUUAUUUUAAAAAGAAUUUAUCAAAUCAAAAACGAAAUAAUUCAACAUUUUUUUAUCAAUGACGAUCAUACUUUAUAAUAAUAAAAUUAUAAACCAAGUGUUUGAUAGAUAAGAAAAAAAAAGGAGUAUGUGCAGCAAGUGUAUAAAUGCCGGAUUGUCCAGAGGUUAAAGUUCCUAACGUAUUUUUUACGCCGUUACAAAUUUCCAAUCGAUUAAAAGUGUACUCUGUGUCUAUAAAUGAAUAAAAACAUUUAUAAAAUAAAUAAUAUAAUGGAUUAUCGACUGAAAAAUCGAACGAUAAAUGAAUAAAUAAAAUAAUGAAUACAGACAUAAAAUUUUAAAGAAAAUUAAAUCAUCAAAAAAGAAUAAAUUCAGUAGAAUGAGUGAUGAUAAAGAUAAAAUUGAAGAUAAUAAACAAAAUUAUGUAUUCUUUAAUGAUCCUGAUAUUAUAGCAAAACGUGCUGAAUUAUUAGCAUUGAAAAAUCAACAGCAAAAAAUUUUUAAUCAAUCAAGAGAAUGUAAUAAUUUUCAAUCAUCUAAUCAACGAUUACAACCUUAUCCAUUUACUUUCAUUUCAGCUGUAAGACGUAAAUUAGAAUUGGAAGCUCAACAUGAAGCAGAAGGGCAUAAAUUAGAAUCAAAAGUUGAUCAUUUAGAUGAUAAAAUGGAUUUUAUAAAACCACUUAAAGUACCAGAUUUAAAAAUAUCACCUAAAACAGUUGAUUAUUCACCACGAGAUCAUUUACAACGAAAUGUACGGUCUGAAGAGAUGAUAGACAAAAGCUCAAAGAGUGCAGAAAGAGUUAAUAGAAAGUUGGAAUUUUUGUCAUCCCAAAGUUCAUUAGCUAAUGAGGAUAUAAAACAAUUAAAAGCACCGGAUAUACAAUAUUCAUCAUUUUCACGUAAAAAAUUGGAACAAAGAGACAGUUCGAGGGAUAAAAUAAAUAAAACUAAAAGAAUUAAAAAAGAUGAUGGUGAUAAAUCGAAAGAUGAUGAAGCUUUUGAUAAUUUAAAAAAACGUAAUACAAAACAUAUACCGAGGCGUGAUUUAAUUGAUCCUAUUACAGUUAAAUCAACUGGAAAAAGCUCAACAGAACGUUCACAUUCACGACAGAGAGACAAAAAGAGUUUUGGAUUGAUGGCUAGUAAAACUGAUGAAAAAAAAUCAUCACGACCUGGUCAAAUGAAAAGUUCGAGGGACAGAUCAGUUGAAAUGAAAGGUAAAGUGACAAGUAGUGAAUCGAUUUCUGAUCGUAAACCUUAUGAUUACAUUACACAUAGAAGUGAUUUACGAGCUUCAAAUGAUUAUACUAAUCAAAGUGUCAAUGGAUUAAGAUUAGAUGAUCAAAAAUAUCGUAUUGGAUCAGAUAAUAAAGUAUUGAAGCAUCAAAUGACUAAGGAUAAACAUAAAAAAAUUUUAGAUAAAUGUAAAACAUCAAAGAUAUAUCAUAGAUCAACUGGUGGCACUUUUGUUGAUUGCCAUCCAGAUGAUAUCGAAGACACUAAAUCCGACAGUAUUUAUACCGAAUUAUCAUCAGCAUUAUCUAAAAGUAAAGAUGAUAAAGUAACAUUAGUUAGCACACAACAAAAUUUAACUACCAGUGAUGUAAAUAGUUUGAAUGAUAAAAAUAUAAAUAUAACACAAUCAUCAGAUGAAAGUUUUUUAGAUUCUAAAAAAAUAUCAUUUAGAGAUGAUAGUUAUUCACAGCAGGAAGAAUUUUGUAAUUUAGUUACACCAGAUUUAAAUUUAGUUUAUCGACCUAAGCGUAAAAAAGACCAACGAUCAAUAAAAACAUUCCAAGAGUCUAGUGUUGAUGAUGGACUGAAUCACGUGGUAUCAUCUAAACAUAAAUUACAACAGAAUGAGAAACAAGAAGAAGACGUGCCUUUAUUACAUCCAACUGCAUUACACAUGCAAUUCCAAGCUGAAUUACAUUUAUUUGAUUCAUACAAUGAGUCUAUAAGACAAGUGAUGGAUGUUGAAAAUUCUUUGUAUAAUGUUAAGCAAGAUCAAGCACGAGAGAAACUUCAACAAAAAUUGAUUACUGAGCAAUCAAAUAAAUUAACAAAUACACAAGUUGAUGAACAAAAGCAACAACAGGAUAUAAUAAUAAGUGAUAAUAAUAAUGAUGAGAAGAAUAAAUUGAGUACUAAAGUUGAAGUACAGACACAAACUGCUAAUGAUAUUGCAACUCAAACUGAUACAAUGAUGACUCUAAGUGUAGAUCCUAGAAUUCAACAUCCUGGUGUUACUUAUAGACGUGGAUCUUUUGAUUUUGGUUCCAUUGAUAUUGAAGAUCUUGAUCAACUUGAAGAAAUACCAUUGCCAAAUAAAAUGCGAGCAAUGUCUGAGAUAAGUUUGCAUGAAACCACGUCAUCUAUCAAGACUGAAACUGGUACGGAAAUCAGUAUUUCCACUCGAGAUGUGACUUAUUCUUUCAAUAAAUUCCUAGACCUGGAGAUGGCGCAAUUAAUAAAAGACGAAAGACAAACAAAUGAUAAAAUAGAAAUGCUUUUUCGAUCUCAUGAAAAGACCCUAUAUGAUCGUACACGUAAGCUUGUUAAAUUGGAGGAGCAAAAGAGAGCAUUGAGAGAUACUGGUCAAGAUUCUAGGAUAAGUUCAGUUAAGAAGAAACAACGAGCUUUAUUGUUAAAAUUACAGCAAGAAAAAGAUGAAAUGAAUCGAUUGAAAGAGUUACAUAAAAAAGCCAGUCAAGAACGUAAACUUAUGUUGCAGAAACAAAGGAAUAUGUUGAAUCCUCAGAUGUCAACGAAGAAUUUUUUAACCAAACUAAAGAGAAGUGCUGAUUGUCAAUCACCACGUAGACUAUCAGGUCCAAUGAAGGGUUAUGAUAUCAGAAGUAAUAGUUCUAUCAGUUCGCUUGUUGAUUCUGACAAAUCACAAAUUGAUAGAUCGAAUCUUGAUGAAAAACUUGAAGUCUCUGAUAUGAGUAUUGAAAAGUUGAAUGAAAAAUUACUUAAACGUGAUGAAGAUGCAUGUACUUCUGUUGAUUCACGGGGUAAUAAAUAUUCACAGCUUUUUGAAGAAUCUAGCAAUUCAUCAAGACUUGAAUCGCCUUCCAAGUAUCAACUAAAGACACGUAAGUUUGAGGAAAAGAUGCCUAAAAGCGAUUUGCUAAGGUUAAAAGCUCAUCAUAUGAAUCUUGAAUCAAAACUUCAACAAGCUAGGCAAAGUAAUCAAGCUAAAUCAUUCAAUAUUUCAUCUGACUUGAAGUCUGAGUCGGAUACUUUGGUGGAGGAGUUGUCGAAAAAGUCAAAACUACGUGAUAGAAGUGAAGAGAAUAAGAAGAAUGAUAAAACCAGUGGUGAAAGGGAUGCUUUGAAGAAAGCUCAGUACAAUCAAGACCUAAAAUUAAGUAAACGAAAGACUGGAAAAAAUCCUAAAGUUAAAACUCCAGCAAAUAUUUUGACGGAAAAUAUAUUAAAGAUGAAUGCAAAUUCAGAUGAUUUAAAAAAUAAUAAAAGAUCGAAAAUUGAACGUGAUUUUUUGCCAACUGAAGAUAGUCAUCAAUCAAUUCUUGAAGAGAUUAAUUUAAAUGACAGUCAAAAUUCACUUCAAGCUUUAGUUAAACAUUCCCGAGCAGUUAAAGAAAAAAAUUAUAAACUCCUACGUGAUAUUGCUCAUGAGCAUGAAGCUAAGGAGAACAUAUCAGAGCAAAUGAUAAAUAGAGAUUCAAUGAAUAAAAAUGAUACAAAAAUUAGAGAUAAUAAUAAUGAUGUACAGAAUCAAGAAAACAUAUCAACUAGAUCACAAGUUAGUACUUUUACCAUUUCAAGACAUAGUUCAGGGGAUAGUGAGAAGAGUUACUCGAGAUCGGUAGUGAUAAGAUCUCAGCAAGAUCAUCAGUUCAAGACAUCAAAAAAAUUAGAACAAGUUUUACAUGCACGGGAAGCAGCACUUGCUACAAGACGUAAUUGCGUUGAAGAUUGGAUAGCCUAUCACGCAAAAUUAAAAGCCGAAGAGAGUCGAAUAAUACGAAUGGAAGAGGCAGCUUUGAAAUUAAUUAGUGCAAGUUCUAAUGCUUUGUCUUGCAAUGAUACAACUGUUUCAUCGGAUACAAGUGAUGUUGAAGGCAGAGUAGAGCUUUUAGUAGAAAAAUUAGCCCAAAGACGUGCAGAAAUGGCAAAGCUCAAGAAAGAAGCACGAAAGCAAGCUAAACAGAGAUUAAAAACUCUCGAAGCGAAUUUAUUAAAUCAAAUAACGAAAUACGAUAUAACAAUAAACGAAAUGCGUAAAAAAUUGGAACAAAAACGUAAUUUAAUAAAAGAAAGUGGAAAAUUAGCUAUCGAAGCUAAAUCAAUAGCUGACGUAAAAGUACCUGAGAUUCCAAUUAAAAAUAUCCAAGAACUUUAUAAAACUAAUGAUUUAUCAAGAUCACGAUCUGAAUCAGAUUUAAUAACGAAAAAUAUUUAUUCUUUAACUAAAAAAACUGAUAAAGAAGUUGAUUAUGAAUCGUCUAGUUCAUUGGUAACUAAAAACACAUCGAAAAGUGUUGAAAAAGAUAAAACAACGAGUCGUAGCAUCGAAUCAGUAUUGGAAGAAGCUAGGAGAACACUUUCAUCACGAAGUACGGAGUCUAGAAAUGAUAGUGAAGCAAGUCGAGAUCAGAAGUCAACAGAAAACAGUAAAAAAUCAUCAGAGAUGAAUAAAGAAUCAACGGAAAUUGAUGAAUCCAAAUUAGAAAAUGUCAAAUCAAAUGAAAGUUCAACUAUUCACACUAAAACUGACAUAAAAUCGGGAUCUGAUGUUAUUGAAGAAGAGUUUAAUGAAGAAAGUGGAAGUUUAUUUUCUAAUAAAAUAGAUUUACUUCAUUUAAAUAAUAAAAAUCUUACAGAGGAUAUUAAUACACUAGAGAAUGAUUUGAGAACGUUGUCAGAGAUGGUAUCAAGAUUUAGUAAAAAAUCCGAUGACAAAUCGGCAUCUAUUUACAAUCACACGACAAUUGAGACUGAAAAGAGUUCAGCUAAAGAAAUAACUGAAGAUUUUUCACAAUCUGAAGUUGUUGAGAGUAUUCAGAAUCUAUCAAAGGUAACAGAGAUUGAUGAAAAAUCAUCUGAGAUUGAUAAUAAAUUACCACAAGCAUCGGAUGCUGAUGAUAAAACAAUGCAAAGUAUUCAUUCAGAAGUAAUAUCGACGAUAAUACCAAGUAAAAGUGAAUCAUAUGAUUCAAAAUUAUCGGAAGAAAUUGAUUUCGAAGCUAAAAGUAAAGCAAUUUUAAAUGUCGUUGAGCAAUCAAUUAUUCAAGAUCACGGGAAGCUAACUGGUAAUAAUUUUGAAUUAUCUGGCGCUGCUUUAGAACAAAGUAUGUUAAGUUUACACAAAGAUAACGAAGCUUUAUCAUCUGAUUUUAAUUCAUUAGAAGGAGAUAUUAAAUCAAUAUCAAAAAUUAUAUCACAAAUUACUGGUAAUAAACAAACUCUUACCGAUACAAAUUUAUCACAAUCGAAUAUUGAUCAGAAGCUUUCAGAGACUCAAGAAUUAUCUAAGAGAUCGGAGAGUAAUGAAGAAGAAACAUCUGUCUCUAAAGAAGUAGAAAAAUUAGAAGAAGAAAGUAGUUUUAUUGAAGAAGAACUUGAAGACAGUGAUCACGAGUCUUCAUAUUCUUCACAAAAAAUUAAUCAAUCAGCUAAAGAUACUUCUUAUCGAUCUUCAUUUGAUAAACUCAGUAAAACAGAAGAGGAAGAAGAGAUUGAUAAUAACGAUGAAAAUGAAGAAUUGUCAAGAUCAAAAGCUUCUAAUAAUUGGACAAUUUCCGAUUCCUUUGAAGCAGUUGAUGCUGAUCUCAUUGAAGAAAAGUCUCCAGAAAUUAAAGAAGAUGAUGAAAGAAAUAACACAACUGAUAUUCAAGUUUCUCUUUUUAUUCCUCGAGGAGAAUCGACAAAUAUCCAAGAACUUUAUGCUAUUCAUUCGGAUAUGAGUGAAGAUAUUAAUGGAAUAACGAAGGAAAAAAUAGAAAAUAGUAUUGCUGAUGAAUUAGAUGAUAUUUUAGAUAUUAUUGAACGUGAUAGAAAAGAAUCAUCAGUUCAAAUGGUUCAACAUUCAAUAGCUCCAACAGAAGUGAAAUUACAACAAGCAAUAGGUAAUAAAUUUGUUGAAAAAAAUAAUGAAUUAAAUCUUACUGCUGAAGUUGAGCCGGCACUUCAAAAACUGACUGAAAUUCUUGAAAAUGUAGAGAAUAAUUUUGCUAAAAAAACUCGAGAUCGUGAUGACCGUCACGAAGUUGAUGUUCGAAGUUAUGAAAGUAUAACAAUUAGUAAAAGUAGACAAGAAGAUGAUCCAAUACCAACUUCUGAAACUGAAAAAGAAGUCUCUAAUCAAUUUAUAACUGAAAUUCCAGACUUGGAUAUUCAGAAUAAUGAAAGUAUAUCAGAAAAUCGGCAAUCAAUUGCUGAAGUUGAUGGAAUAAUUGAUCAAAAAGAUGAAAAUGAUGAUAAAGAAAAUGAAGAUCAGCCAAAAUCAGUGGCAAUUUUGAGAGAAAUAAUUAAAGAUCCAGAAUAUGAUGACAUUUCUGAAGAAAGUUUAGAAGUAUCUGAAAUUCUCGAUAAAUCAAAGUCUCAAAAAUCCAAUAAAAUACCAGAAAAAUUUGAAGCUGUUCCACAAACUGAUGUCGUUUUGCAGAUAUUGGAUUCAAUAUCACAGCAAUCGUUGCUCAAGAAGUCUCUUGAAACACAAAAGAGUGAUAUUUCAGAACCUAUUAGAGUUGUAGAAGAGAUUAGUGAAGUUUCAUCAAAAGCUUUGGACAAUAGAGAAGUCCAAGAGAGUGUAGGUGUUACUAUUGAAGAGUUAGGGGAUACUUCUGAGGAUCAUUUAGCACAAGAGGAGUCAAAAAAAUCCACGAAAUUAGACGAGAAUGAUAAAAGUGUUGACAAAGAUGAAAUUUCAUCGGAAAUAAGUGAAGAUGCUGAUACUCCUAAAGGUGUAUCUGAAAUUGAUUUAGAUUCACCACGUGAUCAAAAUGAUUCAAGGCUUGAUGUUGAUAUAUUAAAUGAUGAUUUACUGAUUGAAAGUGAAAAUGAUAAAAGUAACAAGGAUAUUAAAGGUGAUAAUCAAACAGGAGGAAUCACGACUGAGAAAGAUAUUGAAAUGAUGAUUUCUAAAUUGCAAGUUUCAUUGGAUCAACCAGGACUAGAAGUAGUGGAGUUUAAUGCAAAGCUUUUAAGAAUAGAACAACUUCAAAUAGAACUCAAGAUAAAAAAAUUAGAAGCUGAAGAAAAAUCAUUUUAUGUUCGAGAAAUUCCCAAUAAACCACCACCACCUUAUACUCCACCAGGAAUAGGAGGCCUAUCACCAGAAUCAUCACCAAUUUUAUCACCAUCAAUAGUUCCAACUAAUGUUGAGGAUCUAACAGCAUUCACCGAAAAAGCAACGAUAAUAAUUUUCAACGCUAAACAAUUUGGCAAGGAUAUAAUGAAACUUGAAGCACCGCCUGAAAUUUAUGAAUUCAACAAAGACAAUAAUGAAAUAAUUAAGAAAGAUCGUAAAAUAUAUAAUACAUUUUUAUUUGAUUUAUGUAAGGAAACAAUUGCUGAAGUAUAUCAAGGUGAAUGUGAAAAACCAGGUCCAAGUUGGACAAAACCAAAUGUUAAAACAAAACCGGCGAUAAAAAUACCUAGAACUGUUGAAGAAUUAAAUGAAUAUGUGAGUAAAGAAGUUGCUACGUUAUUUGGUUUUAAAACGAAAUUACAACGUGAAAAUAUGGUUAUGAGAUGGAGUAGAAAAAGAAGGGAUAGAGUUGAUGAAUUAUUAGCUAGAGAAGCACAAGCUGAAGAAGAUGAAUGGACAAAGUUUCAUCACGACGAAUUAGCUGUUAAAAAUGAACUCACUUUAGCAAUACUCAAUCCAUUGUUGAUAGAGUCAAUGAACGAUAUUAAAAAUGUUUAUAUUAAAAAAAGACGAACUAUGGUAUAGUUAUUACGAUUAGUCAAUU